AUGUCGCAGACAGAAGCCGUCACCACGCCGGUGACCCAGGCCCACGCCGAGCCCGAACAGGAGAAGCCCGAGAAGCAGGAGGAGAAGCCGCAGCAGAAGGAGACCGAGAACAAGAGACUCUCGUCUGGCACGGAGUCUGACGACGACCCUGCAACCGAUCCUGAUGAUAACUUCGAAGACGCCGUAGCGCAUUCUCCCGCGCGAUCUCUCACAAAGCGAUCCAUCUCAUAUCCCAAAUCCCAGACCCCGGCAGAAGAUCCUGCUGCCGAGGAGCCAUCCGACCGGAAGUCUGGGGAGACGCAUCGCUCAGAGGACAAGCGGGCGUCAAAGACAGGGGAUCCUGCUGCAGAAUCCGCCGACGAAGUAGAAAGCCUCCAUGAGAAACCUCUCCCUCGACGGAAAUCAUCCUCUGUCUCGAAACGCAUCUCCAGUACUUCCAACUUAGAUAACGUUAGCCUUGACGACGACGACGCUCCGCCUCCACCUCCCGUCCCCAAGAGUCCUCCCAAGGACAAGGAGCCGCACAACAAAUCGAUAUCUUUGAACAACAUAUCCCUACCCUCGAUGCCAUGGUCGCCUCCGGCUGAGGCGGCCUCAAGGGGCUCCCUUCCACCAGCUGCGGUCGUUGCACCUCCUCCGCCUCCGCCUCAACCUCAGCCUCCAGCCCCGGCCCCAAGCCGAAAGCUCACCAGCCCUUUCUCUUGGCUGUCCCGGAACUCUAGCAAAGAGAAGGAGACCCCCCCACCACCACCACCUCAUAGCACGGGACGAAGGGGCACUGCUAGCUCUAUCGCGACCUUGACGAGCAAUCCGGAGAUGAUGCUCAGCCGACUUGAGGAAGAGAAGGAUGGAGAUUCGCUCCAUAGCGAACCCGCCCAGCGGAUUAGUCUCAAAGACAGAUUUAAGCAAUUGAGGCUACAGGAGGAGGCCACCCGUACACCCGAAGGCGAGGACGAGACUGUGAAUGGGACUACUGGUCUGGCUGUGCAAGUGGAGGAGACUCAUCCCCACGAGAAGCCCCUUCCUUCGCCGGUUCCGCAACCGAUUCCUGGUCUCGCGCCUGGAACUGUGUCCGGAGUUAAUGCAGGGCCCUCGGCCAUGGCAGAGGACAAGGUUGACUGGGACCUGUGGCAGUCUGUCGUCUACGAAGGACCAGCUGCUGUCGCGCGGACCAGUGCUGAGGAGCUGAACAAGGCUAUCGCCACUGGAAUUCCUAGCGCCAUCCGUGGAGUCAUCUGGCAAGUCUUGGCCAACAGCAAGAAUGAGGAUCUGGAGCUUGUUUACAAGGACCUGGCCACCCGUGGUACCGACAGGAGCAAGGACCGUCACAGCAACAGCACAACUACCAGCUCGCUGAGCAACGGAAACCUUAGCGUUCAUAGUGGUGACGCUGUUACGUCCUCAGCUUCCUCUGUUAACUCGGACCAUUCAGGUGCGCCGUCACCCAACGAGAAGAAUACCGAAGCUAUCUUGAAGGCCCAAGCAGCAGCCGCAGCUGAGCGAAAGCGAAAAGAGAAGGAAGAUGCGGCUAUGCUGCAGAAGCUUGAGAAGACGAUUCGUCGCGACCUGGGUGCCCGUACCAGCUAUUCAAAGUAUGCGGCUGCUGCCGGGCUUCAAGAGGGUCUGUUUGGUGUCUGCAAGGCCUAUGCUCUCUUUGACGAGGGUGUUGGAUAUGCCCAAGGCAUGAACUUCCUUAUCAUGCCCUUGCUUUUCAACAUGCCCGAACAAGAAGCCUUUUGUCUCCUUGUCCGAUUGAUGAACCACUACAAGUUGCGAGACUUGUUUAUCCAGGACAUGCCGGGAUUGCACAUGCAUCUUUAUCAGUUUGAACGUCUGCUCGAAGACUUUGAGCCUGCCCUGUACUGCCACCUUCAUCGCAGGGGCAUCUCUCCCCACCUCUACGCAACCCAAUGGUUCUUGACUCUCUUUGCCUACCGUUUCCCCCUUCAACUAGUGCUACGCAUUUAUGACCUCAUCCUCUCGGAGGGUCUUUCAGCAAUUCUCCGAUUUGGCAUUGUCCUUAUGCAGAAGAACGCUACCACACUUCUCGGGCUGUCCGACAUGCAGCAGCUCACUACUUAUCUGAAGGACAAGGUCUUUGACGUCUACAUUGACAAGGACCCCAGCCAUGGAAGCCUCCUGGAGAACGGCUUCUUUGGAAGCUCGAGUUCCAGCAUGGAUAAGGAGGUGUACCGGGCUGAUCAACUUGUCAGAGAUGCCUGCGAGGUCAAGAUCACACCGGAGAUGCUGAAGGCAUACAGCACCGAGUGGGAAGAAAAGACAAAGGCUGAGAAGGAACGUGAGAAUGAACUCUAUGAGCUUCGGACGGCAAACCACAACUUUGCCAUCAGAGUCCGAAAACUCGAGGAGAGGGUUGAGGUCUGUGAUCGAGAGCAGGCUGACCUCGCAACUGAGCUCGUCCACACCAAAGUCGAGAACGAGGAGCUCAAGGAUGAGAACGAAAGUAUGAGAGGUCAAGUCCGAGAGCUGAAGAUCGUCAUCGAGAAGCAGCCAUCGGAGUUUGAGGAAAAGUGGAAGCUAGAGCGUGAUGACUUGAUGAAGCGCAACCUCCACGUGCACGAGGAGAACCAGAGGCUCGAGAAUGAGCUGAGUGAGCUCGAAGAGGAGUUGGUUCAGACCAAGCUGCGUUAUGCAGAGAUCAACUCCCAGCACGAGACUCUGAACCGCAAGUGGACCGACUUGAAACGUCAGUUUGCAUAA